AGGGUAUUGCGCAUGUACAUGAGCGUCAGUUCCACUCGGACUUUGGACACGUGAACAAGAUUCCAAGAGAGGAAAGUUUUUCUUUUGAUUGGUCCGCUCAUUGUAUGGAGCGAGAGAAGAGUGAAAAGCACGGAGAGAGCCCUGUGGAGCCAAUAAGCAGCUGCAGGGAUGAGAAUGGAUAUUUGCCGACGGUGGGCCGUUGGGGUAACGAAUGGCCGAGUUGACUCGAGUCGGCAGAAUCAUGGUGCCAGCCACAGGGGCAGGCCCGGGGGCCCUGGAUCAGGGGUGUUCCGCUACCCCUGCCGGUUUGGGCCCAUUCUGAGUCUAAAACGUUGACCGUCGAUACUGUCGAACAGUAUGAGGAAUUAGCAGGAAGCGUUGAGUUGGAAACACAGCGUCUACUGCGCGAGCACCGUUAUGAUACCAUCGGCAAUUUCCUAAGGUUCUACAGGGACUUCAAGGAAAAUUCCGAACCGAUGGUGGAGCGUUUUUAUCACAAAUAUGAGCCUCUGAUAACGCGUAAACAUCAUACUUGUGUUGGUCUUGGUUUUGAACUUAUCAGCAGAUUAAAUGGGCUUGAUGACAGAUUUCCUGGUAUAAAAAGUGGCCUUUACUUGGUAUCAUGCGAAGAGACUAUUGGAGACAUUGAGGGGUACGUAGGCGGUCCGCCUGCAGCUGAUAUUGGUGAAAAAGAGCAUGUUCUUGUUUGUCUGAAGAUCAACAUCAAUGGACGCAGUGGUGUAUUGAUCCUCGAUCCUGGUUAUCACGUAGCACGUGUUGUUACUGUUAUGGCUGAUAAAUUAUAUCCACACACUGGCUGGUUCACCCAGUCUGAUGAGCCUCAAUGUAAAAAGGAGUACAAUUAUUCUCUCUGCACACAAGAUCCGGAUUACGUUGAGUGGCAUGAGAGAGAGACACGCCCUGGUGCCUUAGAACGCACACAAGUUGCUCUAAUUUAUGUUGCAAGGCCGUAUUUAACUGCCAUUGAUGUUACUGAAAGACGAAAUUUGGUAUACAAUUUUAGGAGUCUGUUAGCGAGAGAUACGAAAGGCCAUGUUACUGCUGGUCUAUAUUUUUCAUUGGUACUUGACAAUUCCCAGAUGUUUACCAUUUUUUACCAAACUAACGACGGCAAGAGAAAAGUUAAAAUGCCUUUCAACAAAUUCCGCGCUACGUCCAAGGCACCCAUUACUGAUGAUGAACUGAAUAUGAUUAACAAAUGUGCUCGACAAAUGGAUCUAACACCAGAAGAUAUGAGAAGUCUCCUGACAGCUCUGGCUACUGUCAUGAAUGAUACCUCUUUCGUCGCCCAAGUACUCGCCAUAAAUUCACGAAUCAACACAAUUGCUGAAGACAAUUAAUGAGACUUAAAACAGUCACACGGAUGUGUCCAACAUGUUUUAUUUUAAUAUUAUUGCUCGCUUUCCUUGUACAUUUAUUUUAUUUCGUUUUAUUUUAUUCUCGAAUUGAAUUAUUAUUAAGUGUUGUUUUUCAUGACUCGACGGAACAACGUACGUGAGACGUUUCUAAACAGACAAAUUUCUUUUGGACAACAUAAUUAUGUUUACACUCAUUAUUAUGGUAAUUAUUUUUAUUAUUAAUCGCAAAAUAUGUAUUUACCUUUGAUUUUCGAAAAUAUCGUUUAUUUUCCCCGUUUUAAUAUUUUAUUUUCUUUUGGGACUACUCUUUCAUGGUGGAGGGUAUAUUUUCUUUUGCGCUAUUACUCUAUAUGAUUAUUAAAAUUUGUCAUUUAAUUUUUUUGAUUGGAAUAAAAUUUGUGCUUCGAA